UUUGUUGGUUAUGUUAAUGUUUGUUUAUUAUUGAUUAUUUGAGCUAACGUUUUAAGUUGAAAUAUUGAAUUUUCUGUAAACAUUAACAGCAAAGCACUCCGUUCAACUAAUCAGCAAUCUAAACUGUUUUUUAUAUUAAAAAAUUAGUUUCCAUUGUCUAAAGGAUCAUUGAAUAUUGGACAUAAAGCAACUGUUACAAAAUCCUAUAGUAUUACAACAUCUCUGGACAGUCUUAGAACAAUGUCUGCCACUAAUAACGACCUGGACGCCCAUCUAAUUAAAUGCAUUGGCCUGUUGCAUGAAAGCAGGACCCUUAAAAAAGGCGACCCAGUGCCAUUACAAUACAUCCUUGAAGAGGCGAUUUUCCAAAAAACCGGCGUCGUUAAGGACUAUACGGAUUUCUUCCAGAGCCAGUUGCCUUCGAGGGAGUCUGAAGAACCAGUGGUUCCUGUCACUAUUUAUGAUGAUAAAACAAAUGACUCUGAUAAUGAUUUGGAGCUUGACUUAUUCAAAGAUGAUCUCAGCUGUGUCAUUUGUAAUAAAAUGGACGUAGGGGCAAGGAAUCGAUUACUGGAAUGCAGCGAUUGUCAUGCUCUCUAUCACCAGGAGUGUCAUAAGCCAGCUGUAAUUGAAGAGGAUGUUAUGGACACUUGGACUUGUUCCAACUGUAAAAGCUCCAAGAAGUUGAAAAGCUCAGAAAAGGACCAUGGAUCAACAAAAAGUGCCAAGUCAGACAGUCACAGGCACGGAAGCAGCUCAUCAUCUUCUCAUAAAUCCUCCAGUGAUAAAUACAAGUCUAGCACUAAAAGUUCUAGUGGUAGCUCAAAGUCGAGCACCUCUUCCCCAAGCCAUUCUUCACGGUCGGAUGAAAAAAAAUCAAAGAGCAGCAGGAGUUCCUCCUCAAAGCACCAUUCGUCAGAGAAGCGUAAGCAUGACUGACACGAACCUGAUCAAAAAAAGAUCAAAUUGAAACUCAAGUUCUCGGACAUUGAUGUUGUUAAGGAAAUCAAUGUUGAUGUUCCCAGUUUUACUAAGGAUUAUGAUGAAGAUUAAUACAGUUUUUUAAUAGUCAUGGAUAAUAUAUAAGAUAGAAUAAAAUGGUUUUUGUUU